AAAGGGCGCACGGUGGCAUAGUGGUUAGCACGUUCCCCUCACACCUCCAGGGUCGGGGGUUCGAUUCCCACCGUGGCCCUGUGUGUGUGUGCGGAGUUUGCAUGUUCUCCCCGUGCUGCGGGGGUUUCCUCCGGGUACUCCGGUUUCCUCCCCCAGUCCAAAGACAUGCAUGGUAGGCUGAUUGGCGUGUCUAAAGUGUCUGUAGUGUGUGAAUGUGUAUGUGAUUGUGCCCUGUGAUGGACUGGCACCCUGUCCAGGGUGUACCCCGCCUUGUGCCCGAUGCUCCCUGGGAUAGGCUCCAGGUUCCCCCGUGACCCUGAAAAGGAGUAAGCGGUAGAAGAUGGAAAGGACUGAGCAGGAGAUGCAGAUGUUUUGAAAAACAAAACAUGACACUGGAGAACUUGCAGGGGAAAACAUCUGGUUAAAUGCACCGCCACCUAAUAAACUAUCUAAAAAAUACUGGGAUAAGUCAGAGACUUUAGUAAUCUAGUAGGAAUAUCUAGUAUAUAGUUAUUUAUCUCUUUAUUUUCUUUUAUUUAUAUAGUAUUGUUUUGGUAUUAUUAUUUAUUUAUUUAUUUAUUAAUUUAUUUAUUCCCCUUUUUAUUUUUAUUUUUUCUGCCAAUCAACUGCCCACACUCCAGUCCAGUAGGUGGCGGUAAUGCACCUUUAACUGGUUUGCCAACCGCCAUUAAAAACCAAAAGAAGAAGAAGACGUCAGUCCAGUUGGUGGCGGUAAUGCACCGAAAGAAGAAGAAACAGUAGACGAAGAAGACGAAGACGAAGAAGAAAACCAAAACACCUACAGCCACGAGGAGGAGGAGACGCGGAGAAGCAGCUAGAGGAAUAAGUUACUGUAUGUAGCCGUCUUACGUAAGUUACCUGCAUCACCAAGCAAUGGACAGUGACUGCUUAAACCUACUGCCGUCUGUCUGUGAAGUUUUGGCUGAUUCCACACUUUUGCUCCAUGAUGACACAUCUCUGGAAAAGCUUCUUGAUUAUUUCAAAGAGCUGAUAAUGCAGAAUGAUGAGCAGUAUCUCAUGCAGUAUCAGCCGUAUCUCCUACAGUUCUUGCAGAGAGUAACAAAAUUGCAGACAGUAGAUCCGUCUGUCUUUUCGUUCUCACUCAAACUUGCUGGGCUGCUGGCAGGUAAAGAGCACAGUUUCACCUUGCUGGAGGAGAGAGGAGUAUUGGAGUAUAUGUUUCAGCCAGAUAGCUGGCAUACGCUGGAUCUCUGGAAAAAUUCCUCAGUACGUUAUGGGUGGCUACAGGGCUUGUGGAACAUGUUGCAGCAUCCACAAUCCAUUCACUUUUUCUGCAGGAAUGGAUUCAUUAAGUUGGUCCUCCAUCUGCAAAAUGACAACGGCCAUUUCAUUACCUCUUUGACUGGUCAGAUUUUAGCACACAUUUUAAACACCAUCAUGCCAGUAGUGCUGAGCAACAGUAAUAAUACUGAGACACCAAACUGCUGUCCUGUCAACAGUGAGUUUGUUUCAGUUACUGAAGAAGUAAUGACUCAUGUUGCUGCCUCGUUAGCCUCACAGGAACAGGCUGUUAUCGUCCCAGCCUUAAGGUUGUUAGCCACAAUUCUCACCCAGUGUACAGAACCACUGAGCAGAAUGUUUUGGAAACAUGUUGUGGGACCACUGGAGUUAUUAGCAAAUGUACCAGAUGACUCCUUUACACUUCCCAUCAUAGCAGUCCUUCAAGCUGUUGCAAGGAGUCCUGUUUUGAUCCAACCAGAUUGUAGAGUGGAGACACUGAUGGACAUCAUGUUGUUUUCCAGAAGUGCCGCUGAAUCUGUGCAGUGUGCAGCAGUUAUCUUGCAAAUGGAAGACUGCCCUAAAGUUUUCAGACGGAAAGCUACAGAUGUAAUCCUCCUUCCUCUGCUGUGUGCCACUGCGUCCCCUUUGCAGCUUCAUGAACCAGAUAAGCUAAAUGGCCACAUAUCACGCUUGGAGAAGCAGCUAUCCCAGAAAGCCUUCUCUGUGUGUCUGCUCACUCAGAGCCUGUCCAGCAUAGCAGAGCAUGUAUGUAAGAAAUCUUUGGCCGAUAUUCCUGUUCAACUGAUUGCCUCUGCUGUGAUAAAACUUCUGAAAAUAUGCACUGGCCAUUGCCCCUUCACUCUGGAAGCUGGUACAUUUCCUCAUCUUAUUGGCUGCUACAAGGUUCAACAGUGCAGUAUCGACCUAUUAGGUGGCCUCACUGUUUAUGCAGAGAGCAUGGACUUAAUUGAGGAGGCUUUUGUUGUUCUUCUGCAGUAUCUGCAGUGUCCUGACUCCCAUGCUACAGUUUUGAAGAAAACACACCAGGCCACUCUUAAAUGGCUCAGUAUCUGUUCACCAUCAUCAGAUUUAUGGAAGAUGGUUAUACAUGAGCUCUUUCAAUUAAUGAAGAAACAUGUAUGUGAUGCACGAUGGGAAGUGAGAGAUUCAACUCUGGAGUUCAUUACACAGCUCACAGCCAACCUCAAAGGUAAUAGUAAAUAUACUGAAACUCUUCAUAGUAGUGGCAUGAUCUCAGCGCUCUUCACCUCGCUGUCAGAUUUGGAAGGCUACGUCCAAGCGAGUGCAAUGGCGGCUCUUGGAGAGGCAGUAACUACAUUUGAUGUCGGUAGCAAUGUGCAGGAAAAAGCUGUGACCCAUCUGUUGAGCAUUCUCUCUCAAGAUACACAGAGCUUCCCACAUCGUGCUGCAGUGAAGGUCUUCACUGCAUGGCUAAAAAGCCCACAUUGUUGUACCGCCUUGGAGCAAUCUAUUAGCUCAGUGUUGUUACUCGGUGGAAAUGACUUUGACUGGGAGGUUAAAGUUCACACCCUGGAGUUAGCAGAUGUAUUGAUGGACAGAUCACUAAAUCAUUGUCCCUGUCACUUUCAGAAGAUCUACCCAAGUGCUGAAAGUAAAUGCAUAAUGCAGGGACUAACCAAACUGAAGGAAUUAGGGGUAUUUGAGUUUCUGUUUAAAUGCUUAUCUGACUGUGACAGACCUGUUUCUCAGAAAGCUUGUUCACUCCUGCUUAAGCUAAGAACACUUAUGAGGGAGAUUACUACUACUACUGACCACAAAGUUCUUACUCUUGAAAUAUGUGAGUACAGUUGGAAUGAGGAAAUGCUUCAUAGAUACCACAAAAACCGAGAUGCCCUUGAGAUUAAUUGGGUAAAAAAUGGAGACAAAGCGUCUUGUAGGGACAUGGACAGUGCAGAUUCUCUCAAUGGAUCUCCAAAAGAGACAGAUCUGUGCCAGAUAUUAGAACUAUUAGACCUUGAGAAGAUGCACCAUAGCUUAUCACUAAGUAGUGAUCAUGUGAUCAAUUCACCUCAAUCUCUAAUGGAAGACAUUUUAUUCAUGACAAAAGAGAGUGAAGAGAAUCUUGCAGAUUGCUAUUGAUAAAGUGGACUUGUCAGGAGCUAAGUAAGGCAAUACUCUUGGCAUUGGAAGCCGAUGGCUUUGUGUUGAACAGCGGAGCAUUUGUUUUAUAACACACAAACUUUAAAUGUUACAUUUGCAUUCACAAAAAUGUAAUAUAGGGCUGUACUUAAAACUUGUACAUAAUUGCAUAUAAUGACCAAAAGAAACCGUUUAGAUCAUAUAAUGUCUAAUGUCUUGAAUGGAUUGUGGAUUAACUCUGGUUUUACGAUUUAACAUGACUAUUGAAAACUGUUGAAAGAGGCUAAGAAACAUUCUUCUUAAGUGGAAAUGUAACUUGAUGCACAUGAUCUAACACUGGAAUGUGGACCCCAAAGGUGUGUCUUGUACUUCUUUUUUUUUUUCUUUUCUUUUUUUUUUUUCUUUCCAUAUUGACAAUAUCCAAUAUAUAAUCAAUAAACAUAUCUGAUGUCCCAAAGUAUGUUUGUCUGUCUGUCAAGUGUGGGGAGAACCCGGCACAACCUAACACUUCUUGUUUUCUCAAGUUUUUGGAAAAGUACUUGGGAUUCAAAGCACUUUUCUUUUUUUUCACAUUAAUUUUACAAAUACAAAUAUUUCGCCUUGUUUUAUGAAUGAAACAUAUCAUUCUUUUCCCCGAAAGAAGAGAAAUGAAAUGUGAGGCGUACAUUGUAACGUGACCAUAUGACAUAAUAUAGUUUAUCUUGUCAGUAAAAACAUUUCUUAACUUGUAAAAUCAUAGCCAUAUGAAAUGGUCAACUUACAUUAAAUCAAUUUUAAUGCUUGACACAUUAAAGCAAAGAACAAAGGCAAUAUAAUGAAGGCAAAGAGAUAACGCACACAGGUACACCCCUGUCUGUCUUCCUUGGCCUGUUUCUCCUGCUGCAGUAAAUAAAAUCAUAAAAGGGAAUUGUGUGAAUUUAUGUGGCUAACGGCACAGAAUAGCAUUGUUUCUUUUAAUAGUCGGGCAAGUUUUAACACGGUGUCACAACGUGCCCCAGAGUAACUGAGGGCGUUUUUACAUGACAAUGAUGUACUAAAAAUGGAAAAGUUUUUCCUUUG